AUGGUGAAGCCUAAGAAAAAGAAACAGCAGACACUGGAGGCGACUCUUGGUGAGACCUUUUCCCAUGACCCGUCUUCCAUAUCCAUGAAUAGGCAUGCUAAUGCGUCCCCAGGCCGCCCGCCGGUGAGGCCAACCAUAAGGAGCCCUUGGACGAAAAAGGGCAAGGCUGUCCAGAGAAGCCCAGUGGCUAGUUCACCAGUCAGGAAUGCGGCUCCCCUGAGCAGCUCGCCUCCGGCACCCCCAUCGUCAUUUAUGCGCUCAUCCCAGGUGCCUGGGAGCUCGAGGAAAGCGAGGGCCGUUCUCCCGGGUUUCUCUUCGGAAGAGACGAGCGAGGAUGAGCAAGAGCAGGCGCUUCCUGUGAGAGAGACGAGGAGGGUGAGGAGAUCUCGGCUUUUCGAGUCAGGGUCGGAGUCGGAAUCGGAGUCGGAGUCGGAGCCGGAAUCGAGCAAUGGCUCAUCUGAAAAGGGCAAAGAAACUCGGGAGACUGAUGACCAGGGAGAAGACGACGACAAACCCCUGGCCACCCCCAUAACCAGGCGCAAGAGACACUUGGUUGUCAGCGAGAGUGACGAGGACGAACAGUCCCCCAUCCCCCAAUCCAUCAAGCGGCGCCGCCUCGUUCGGAAAAAUGUGGCUUCCAGUCCAACAAUGGAAAAAACAGGGGCCGAAGACGAGGAGGAACCGCCAACGCCAUCUUUGGCCAACGCUAACCGGGUGAGACGGAAGCCACUCACACAAAAAGAGAAAGCGCGAGAGCUCCUCCGCCGGAAGCGUGCUGGCGAGGUUAUUAACGAGGACGAUGAUUCGCUAUUUUCCGAUGAGGAGUCUGAGAAGCCCAUGUACGACACCGAUUCAAGUCUUGUCGCGCUUGAAGAGUUCGAGGACGACGAAGAGGGCGUCAAUGAGCCCAGAUCAGUCACCGCCGAGAGAAAGAAGAGCAAGAAUAAGCGAAAUCGUAUCGCGGCCGAGGACGACGACGAUGACGAUAACGAUCCAGAGAGCAUGGACGACUUCGUUGUCGAAGACGGCGACGCUCCCCUCGGUGCACCCGACGAAGACCAUGACGACAUUCCCCUAGAAUAUACAGGCUACGCGCAAGCGCCGCUCAAGGUGUAUUUCCGGGUUGCCAUAGAGUGGCUGGUGAAGUUCAAGGUCAAUCCCGGGUUCCCCGAGCGGGAAGCGGAUGUGUAUCGCAUGGCGUGGAGGAAGCUGGACGACGAAGUCCGAGGCCUCGCGAAUUCCAAGUUUUCCUCCUCUGCUUGGAAAAAGGACUUCUACAUGGCACUCCGGGCUCGACCGUACUUUGACAGCGCGGACAUUUUUAGGGGCGCCAUGCUGGAGGGUCAAAACUGCGGCGCCUGUGGAAGGUCUGGCCAUCCCGCCAAAUACUCGAUGAAGUUUACCGGCGAGCCUUAUUACAAGAACACCGCGAAGCUCGAUCGCUUCCUCCAGUCUGUCGAGAUGGACAGCGAAGCUGACUCGGGCUCCGAAUCUCACGACGAUGACGAGGACGGCAACCACAUCCCCAAAGCUGAGAAAGAGUGGUAUGUCGGCGCGGUCUGCAACAGCAACGCCGAGACAGCGCAUGACCUCAUACACUGGAAGAUGGGCCUCCUUGUCUUUGUGGAUACCCGCCUUCACAUCGAAGGCCACAUGGCCCCCAACAAGGUGGCCGAGAGAGAGAACAUGGAGUCUGAGCAGAAGGACGAACUGGUCGAUAAGAUCAUGAACCAUUGGGAGAAAAGCGGCAUGGUGAAGGCGCUCUACUCGGAGUUUAAGGGAACCAUUGAGAGGGCGAGGAAUAAGCCUACCAAUGGGAGAUAUCGGUGA